AUGCAGCUCUCAUCCUUCCUUUUCGCUACUAUUGCGUUGUCCGUCUCCAGCGCCUGGGCGGCCCAGGGUGCCACUUCCGAUGAUGCUACCUGCUUGCGUAUCUGUCGCGAUGACCCUAUUGACUGUCAGGCCGGCUGGAUCCCUAGCCAGAUUGCUGCUGAAGGCGAGGAGAAGCCCUGCUGGACUUGCUGCAACAAAUAG